AUGCACGCCCAUCCCACCUCCACCAACCCAACCUCUCAGCUCAAUCCCACCAAUCCCCGGUCUCCAUCUCCACCCCGCAUGCUUUGCGGCCUCCUGCACCGAAACAUGGAGAAGGAGAUCAUAAACCACCUCGGCAGCCCAUCGAGAAUCCGCAGACUGCUCCCGCGGAUUCUGGCAUCCAAUAACACUGUGCGACUGCUGGGGCUUAUACUGGAGGAUUGUGCGCUGGUAGGGCAUCUGGAGACAUACCGCGUUGUGGCACAUGUCGUCUUUGAGAGGGCGGCGGAGGAUGGGUAUAAAAAUCUGAUCACCGAGGCACUUUCGUUGUCCAUCUCCAAGACGUCCUCGUUCAUUGCUCAGGACCUUGUCCAGAGGAUCCUUGGGAUUCCAGAGGAGGGGGUGAGAUUGGAGCUCCUGGGGUGGGGACUUGUGUGUGCGGCCCAGGAGGGCAAUUUGGAUUUGGCGGAAAGCUUGCUCCGGGAGAAUAUUCGACAUAGAAACGUACAUGUUGCCCUGCAAUGUGCUGCCUCUAGGAACCAUGCGGAGGUAACUGGGCUUCUAAUCGACGACAUCAUAGACGAGGCAGUGGGCGAGAAGCGGGGUCUUGAGGGGUCACCUACACCAGACAGUAAGUUAGCCUCGCUACUAACAUACCAGUGCAGCGCUAUUACGGCGGCUAUCAUCAAGGCCAUCGACGGGGACUGUUUCCACGCAACCGCGGUCCUUCUCUCGCCUUUUAUCGAGUGUAUGGAAGGGCUGGAUGGGCCUUCGCAGAAGACGUUUAACAAGAACAGGAUACUGACAAGGAUUCCACUUGAGGCACUGGAGGCGAUUCCCCGGGAUGUGUGUUUCGAACUCCUGGACGGCAAGAUCCCCACGCAGCUAACGGCGACAAUACUCAAUCGGCUAAAGGGCAAUCCGAAAGAGCCUUACGAUAUAACGAUUCAGGCGGAUGGGAGAUCCGCCCGCGUGCAUCGGGAUACUCUCGUAUACUGGUCGCCGUAUAUACGGGAUAACAUUGAUGCUCUGAACUCGGCUAACAGCAUUAUAGAUCUGAGUGGGGAUAUCUCGCCAAGGGCAGUUGAUGCUAUCGUGGAGUUUUGCUAUAAUGGCGUUGAGCUGCCCAGACUUGUGCGUGUCUGUGUUGGUGAAGAUGGCUCUGGUGUCAGUAAGCGGAGGAAAGAGCUGCUCCAUGCCGCAAGAUUCCUGCGGAUCGGGGCGUUGGUGAGGAUACUGGAGGACUCGGAAUUGAGGUAG